AUGUCUGGAAGUGUGAAAAAAGAGAAUCAAGAAACAGCCCAUGAAUUGAUCUCAAGGAUUGAAAAAGAAGUAAAAAAGAAUGAAAAUAAAAAAUCAAAGUCUAUUUCCAAACAUACAUUUAUAUACGGUGAUGGGGUAAAGAUUGAUAGUUGGAAAUUACCAAAUUUUGGGUUUAAAAAAUCAUCUAAAUUAGUGACAGAUAUUCGAGGGCUUUUUUCUAUAACAAAUGAUAAAAAUAUCCAUGAAAUUGUCAUAAGAGGUUAUAAUAAGUUUUUUGCAGUAAAUGAGGUUAAAGAAACAAAAUGGGAUUCCUUAGAAAAACAUACAAUAGGUCCUUACGCUUUAACUUUGAAGGAGAAUGGAUGUGUUAUUUUUGUUUCAGCGCUUUCGGAUGAUUCUUUAAUUGUUGCAAGUAAAAAUUCAAUGGGUCCAGUGGCAAAUGGCACCUCUGUUCAUGCACAAGUAGGAGAAACAUGGCUAGAAAGGCAUUUGUCAGAUUCUAUGCAUACUAGAAAACAGUUGGCUCGUGUAUUACGACAAAUGAAUGCAACACUUGUUUUUGAAUUAUGUGAUGAUGGUUUUGAAGAACAUAUUAUAGAAUAUCCUCCCGAAAAGAGAGGUCUUUAUCUUCAUGGAAUCAAUUUAAAUGAGGCUACUUUUGUUACAUAUGAGUUUGAUAAAGUUUGUUUGUUUGCUCAUAAUUGGGGGUUUAGACAAGUUGAUUAUAAAAUCUUUCAAACUUUGUCAGAGUUGAAAUAUUUUUUAGAAGAUUCAGAAAAGACAAAGUCUUACUAUGGAAGAGAAAUUGAAGGCUUUGUUAUACGAUGCAAAUCUAAAUUAUUAGAUGAUAUCCAUUUUCAUGAUUUUUUUUUUAAGUAUAAAUUUAAAGAGCCUUAUUUUAUUUAUAGAAGAUGGAGAGAACUGACUCAUGCGAUUAUAUCUGGUACAUAUAAGUUCAACUCUAAUGAGGAUGACAUUACAAAAAAAUAUGUAAUAUGGGUACGUCUUUUAUUAAAGGAAAAUCCUGAUUUUGUGGAAAAAUAUAAACAAAACCAUGGAAUUGUGGCUCUUCGCAAACAAUUUUUGAAAGAAUACAACUAUUCCCCUUCAGAUUUUUCAAAGAAGCUAGUUAUAAACUGUCCUCUUGAGGAUAGAAAUAUUUUACUUGUUCCUAUUGCUACAAUUGGUUGUGGAAAAACAACUCUUGCUUUUGCUUUAUCUUUAUUAUUUGGUUUCAAGCAUAUUCAAAAUGAUGAUAUACCAGGAAAAAAAGCAAAAAUUCAAAAGUUUGUGUCUGCAAUUGUUGAUGCGUUAAAACAUCAACAUGUUGUUGUAGCAGACAAAAAUAAUCACAAAUAUUCAGAAAGAGAUGAAUUGAUUCGCUUAGUUUCUGAACGAUCUCCAAAUACUCGUUUUAUCGCUCUUUAUUAUGAUCAUUUUGAUAAAAAUGAUGAUUUAGUUACUAGAAAAGAAAAAUUAAAUGAAAUCUUAAAAGUAACAAAAGCCAGAGUUCUUGCACGUGGAAGUAAUCAUCAAACAAUUGAUGCAUCAUUAAAUCAGGGUAAAACUGCGAUAGGAAUUAUGAAUGGGUUUCUUUCAAGAUUCGAGCCCUUAGAUCUUAAUAAAGAGCCAGAUAAUCUAUUUGAGGACUCUAUUAUUUUAGAUCCUAUGAAAGAUACAAAAUUUAAUUUAGAAAAUGUGAUUAAACGGCUUCAUGAAAUAGCACCAAAAUUUGUCAUAAAAAUACCAACAGCAUCUGAAAUAGAUUCUGCAAUUCGUAUCGCUUUAAAUCAUUUUUGUCCUAACAAAAGAUCUGGUUUAACACUAUCUCAUCAGAAAACUGGUUUAUUAUCUCAACAAAAAUCUCAAUAUUUUGGUAUUAUCCUUAAAGAUGAUUUAGCUCCUUAUAUAGAACAAAUUAUGAAGGAUCAGAAAAAAGAAGUCUCUGCUUUUUGGGAACAUCUUAAGCGUUCAAAGCGUGUACAGUCUACUUUUCAUGUUACUUUGAUUCAUAUCUCCGAUAAGUCAAAAUAUCCUGAAAUUUGGCAAUAUUAUCUAUCUCAAAUGGACUCAUCUGGCGUCGUUUGUUCGGCUCAGGUUGAAUUUACUUAUCUUGUUUGGGAUUCAAGAAUUAUGGCUCUGGUUGCUGUAAUUUUGGAUAUGGAAAAUAAAAAAAUACAAUCAGCUAACCCAAUUCUUCAUGCUACAAUAGGGACAGAGAAUAAAACAAUUCAUCCAAAGGAAGCAAAUGAUAUGUUAGCUCUUUGGAACUUUCAAACAUCUCAUUCGAAUAUUCAUACUUUAUCUCUUUCUCCUAAACAUUUUGAUGGCACUGUUGCUCUUGUUGAUUCUUUUUCUACCCACUAA